AGAUGUGAGGAGAGAGAAAACAUUCUGAGUGAUUGAAAAUUUCAGGCGAGAAUUUCUUUCAUGGAUUCUCAUCGCCGUCAAUGGCGGCGACUCGGUUGGAUAAAGUCGUUAAACUGCAAGUCCAGAGUCGUCGACGACGUCGUUUCAAACCACCACCACCGGUAUCGCCUGCUCCGCGCCUCCGGGAGCUGUAAAAACGGUGUCCGUUCCGUCAAAGACGUCGUCAAAUCCGCUCAAGAAAGAAGGCCAAGGAAGACGAAACCGCCGCAGCCAGAGGAUAUCGGACCCGUAACGGCCGAUUCCGGACCCGAACAGCCGAGAUCAUCGGCGAGACAUUCGCGGACCGUUUCGGAGCCCUGCUUCCCGACGCUUACCGAGCUUCCGUUAGGUCAUCCUUCGCGGAACGUGGUGGAGAUCAUCUUCCGCACGAGCUGGUCGCCGAAGGAUUUCCCCGGCCAGAUCGAGAUGAUUCUUAAGGUCCAGAAUCCGCCGCGGACGGUUGCUCGAUUCGAGGAGUACAGGGAGAUCGUGAAGAUCAGAGACAGUUGCGGCGGCGCGCGUUGCGUCGCCGACGGGAACGAGCUGAUGAGAUUCUACUGCCUGGGUCCCGCCGCCGGAGAGUGCGAAUCCGGUGGCGCGUGGAGCUUGCUGUCAGGCAAGGGGACGACGAUUUGUACGUUUUCCGGUAGCGGCGGUGCGCACGGAACCGACGGCGAGAGCGGAAGGCGAGGCAUGAUGCUCUGUCGCGUCAUAGCGGGUCGGGUCGGAAAGCAACUCGCAAUGGAUUCGGUACCGGAAGAGCGAGUCGGGUGCGACUCAGUGAGUGGAGAUAACGGCGAGUUGUUUGUGUUUGAUUCACGCGCCGUGUUACCCUGCUUUCUCAUAAUCUACAAAUUAUAAAAAAAACAAACAAAAAUACUUACCACUAUUUUUUGUACAAAAUACUUUGUCACAUUUGUAAUGCCUAGAGAUAAUUUGCAGGCAUUAACUCUACAACAUAUAGUUCCUCGAUAUUUUGUAACUAUGUUUUUGAAUUGGUAUAUACCAAUUUUUGGUUUAUUCUUUAACAAUGUAGUACUUCCUCCGUCUCGGAAUAUUUGUCCACUUUCAUUCUUACAUACCAUCCAAUGCAUUUCUUUAAUCCAUUUUAUCUUGUAAUUUGUAUAUUAAAAAAUUAUACUCCCUCCGUCCACAUUUAAAGUUCCCGUUUUGACCGGGCACGGAGUUUAAUAAAAGUUAAAAUUUACG